AUGCUUGGAAUAUUUUUGAAACUUUUCAGAAAAUCUCGCAAAAUUCAUCGGCGACCUCCUCUCUCCCAAUGUUUUGGACCUCGGGACAGUCCUGCAAACAACACAAUCUAUGCUGCUAAUCGAGUAAAAAAUGAAAUUCUAAUAUGGACUAAGGAUAGUGUUGAUCCAACGAAAACUAUUUCUGGUACUUUAUCAGAUCCUUAUUCUAUCUUUGUUACAUAUAACGGAGAUAUUUAUAUCAAUAAUGGCGGUGAACCGAAUCGUCGAGUUGAUAAAUGGAUAUUAAGUACGGAUACGCUUGUUACUGUUAUGAAUGUUAAUGCAUCAUGUUUUGCUAUUUUUGUGGAUAUGAAUGAUAUUCUGUACUGUUCAAUAUAUGAGCAACAUAAAGUAAUGCGACAAUGGUUGAUUCAUAAUGACAUAAUAAUAACAAUUGUAGUUGGUACAGAUUCAAAUGGCUCUGCACUAAAUGAACGUAAUGGCCCCAUGGGGAUCUUUGUUGAGCUGAACUUUGAUUUAUAUGUUGCAGAUUGCGCAAAUGAUCGAAUUCAAUUGUUUCAAUCUGAACAAAUAAAUGCAAAAACCAUAGCGGGAGUUAGUUCAUCAGAUAUCUCAAUUCCACUUUCAAGUCCUAAUGGAAUUUUAGCUAAUACUGAUAAAUAUCUAUUCAUUGUGGAUGGUAGUAAUCAUCGUAUUGUUGGAUCUGGACCAAAUGGUUUUCGAUGUUUAAUUGGAUGUAACGAUCGAGGUUCAGAAUCCAAUCAAUGA